AUGAGUGGUAUGGCAAGAUCCAAAUCGGAGGCAGAGUCUCAUUUUGAACACUUUCGAAUGCUGCGAAAACCUCACGGGGCUGACGCUGACCCACACAUUCUGUUUUGGAAAUCAAAGGCCCUAAAUGGCUCUGAAAUACUGGCGCAUGACCUAUACCAAACGCCGACCCAUUUCUUGCUUGAACUCAUUCAGAAUGCAGACGACAAUGCAUACUCACCUAAUGUUACGCCCAGUCUCAAUUUGGUUCUAUCAGGAGCACAAUCUCGAACAUUGCGGAUAGAUUGCAAUGAAAUCGGGUUCACCUUUGAACAGAUUAAAGCUUUAUCAGCUAUAGGAGACAGUACUAAGAGAGCGAUCAGUCGCAGACAGAGGAGUUACAUCGGACAAAAAGGUAUCGGCUUCAAGUCAGUCUUUAAAGCAGCAGACAUUGUGAAAAUUGCCAGCGGCUACUACGAAUUCCAGUUUGAUGGACGACAGCCAAUGGGCAUGGUGCUCCCAACCGAAUCGCCAUUCCCAAAGGAACACCGCUUACCGAAUCAUACCCAAUUCCUACUACUGCUUAAGGAUGAACGAAUCCACGAAAAGAUUCGAAGUAAUCUGGCAGACGUCGAGCCUGAGCUUUUACUAUUUCUGAGAAAGCUUCGUCGUCUGAAGAUAGAUAUGGAUGGUUCUCAAAGGGCUUGUGAUGUUCACUAUGACAUGUCAAACAAUAUCCUUGGAGAGCGAAUCACGAUAACAUCAACCCAAGGAGUCGACUGCAUGAGCACUCAAACUAAUUAUAUUGUCGUUCGUUCUAUCUGCAAUGAUAUGCCCGAAAACGACAGGAGAGCUGGUGCCAAAAGGACCGAGGUGACACUGGCAUUUCCUGUCGAUGAAUCCAACAGCCCGACGAUUGGCAGACAGAAGGCUUUCGCUUUCCUGCCCAUUGAUGAUUUUGGCUUCAAGUUCCUCAUUCACGCGGACUUCCUCCUCGUUGCUAGCCGGGAGAGCCUCGAUUAUGAUUGUCUAUGGAACGAUAAACUUCGCGAAGCCAUUCGCACAGCCUUCCUACUGGCAGUAAAACGAUUUGUCAGUGUGCCGACAAGCGGAAUGGGCCCGGGACUCAGACACCUAUGGCCAAAGUACUUACAGCAUCAUGGCGCCUCACACGAUUUCUGGAACCAGUUGCAUCAGGAUAUAUUGCAUCACCUGCGGUACGAACGCAUCUUGGAAUCAUGUGACCCAUCGGCAGGCCACAAAAGACCCAUGUAUCUACGCUUUAUUCCCCCCGACUUCCGUCACAAAGGAGAGGCGCUAUUCGACAGCCCUUCCCUACGAAAGAAACAGUUGUCGUUUUUAUAUGAGGAUGUACACGAAGAGCUGAUACCACUUGGGCUACAAAUAACUACCAUCCAGGACUUGUGCAACGACCUUGCCUCCUGGAUUAAGGAGGUCGGUAUUUCAGAACUUGGUACCAAAGGGCCAAUAUGGCAUAGAAAGGUUGCUUCUCUGUUCUGCGGUCAUGUAGAACUCAAAGACCAACUUUUGAGCCUUCCCAUUAUCCCCCUUAGGGACGGGUCGUGGGUGACUGGAAGAAAGCCACGCCUCUAUCAAGCGAUGUUGACCGGUGACGAGUAUGUUCCCAGUGGAAUCGAUCUUCUUAUUAUUGAGCAGAGUGCGUCUCAAGACCUGGAGAGGCGACGAUUCUAUGACUUUUUGGGGAUUCCUGUUUACAAUCCUACGCAAGUCUGCCCUUUAAUCCUGAAACUACAUGCCGGCACACCAUCAAGUGUCGAGCAGCGUACACGCAGAGACUUGGUGAAAGACGCAAUAUAUCUUUUCCGAAAACGGGAUCAGGUUGGGAGCGAUCGUGCUCCGGACAUAUACUUUUCGGUUACGAACCAAGGACAAUACUCUCGCCGCAAGGACCUCAUCUACAUCAUCGACCGCAAAUCGCAGCCCAGUCUUAUCGAGAAGUAUAAAGAUACGCCCAAGAACCCAUUCUAUAUAUUGGAUGAUCUCUACAUGAAGUUCAUGAGGAAAGAUGACUUGAACACCCAGAAUGUCUUCCGGGAAUGGCUGCUGAAAUCAUCAAGCAUCUCAACAGUUCCAGUCCUCCUCCGCGACCACUACCCUACUCCGAAGUGGGUGUUCCUUCGAGAUACGGAAGUGACGGAUCUAUUUGAAGUCCUUGAGCAGACAUGCAAAUAUGGCACUCCUAAUCCCAGGCUUAUGCAGGUAGUCCCAGAGCUGCUCGUGAACAGCCGUGACGGCACUCGUCGUCCACUUGCGGAGUUAGCGAUACCAACCAAGGAGAUGCUGCGACUUUGUCCGCAUCUUGACUUUGCCAACUUGCGAGAACCAGAGAGAUGGGGGUUCCUGUCCAAGUUCGGGAUCCUCACCCGUCCAAAUACAGUCGGUGUGUUACAGGAACUUGAUUUCUUAACGGGCCAACCUAUCGAUUCGGUCGACAAGGAUGCUGUUCACGAAUGCUAUCGUAGGCUGAACGAAAGCUCAGCGCAGGAGCGCAAUGGUAUCUCAAGAGCGUUUUCCUCAAAACCUCUAAUAUUCAUAGCACGACCUCAACCGGCCUGGGUCACACAGGACUUCUGCGUGUGGAACGCACCCUCAGCGUUGAAGCAUGUCACCAAACUCAGUAGUCGCUACGGAGACUGCCAGACAUUAUUCAAUGAUUAUCUUGGAGUUCAUUCCGCUAGCAUCAAGCAUGUUGCGGAUGAACUGUGCUCCUUACAUGAAAGGAGCAAUGAAGAUAUCACGCAGCGCUGUGAGGAGCUACUACUUCUUUUGAAUCGUUAUGUCACACCCGAAACCGAGUUCACAGCGCAUCAUUUUCUACGUAUUAGACACGCCCGAGUGUUUCCUAUUGUCGAAGCUGGAAACGCCCCAUGGGCUGUUCUUCGACCUUUACAGGAUAGGAAUUGGUAUAUCCCGGACAGAAUGACUUUGGAGGCCGACUUCCGAAAUAAAGUCAAUCUCCUCGCAUUCUCUGUGCAGUCGGUAGAGAAGCUUCAGUUCUUAUGGUCAAAGCUUAAUUGUCAGUCACUGUUUCUCUCAAACGCGGUCGAUGUGGCUAUAGAACCAUGGGGAGAUAAAAGGCGGGAUUUGUCCAAGGAAGCAGAACUUCAGACUCGUGUAAGGUAUAUCUCCAGCCUGAACACAUCAGUCACCACUGGACACCCUGAAGUGCCACCAGUUCGCGUAUGGGGUGUCGACUCCAUCGUCAAGACCAGCCUUUUAUGUUCGGUCAAGGUUGAGAAACACGAUGCAUUGGUAACAUUUGAUGAGAAGGCGGAUUUCACCGAAGUCUACUUCCGCACGAUAAUACCAGAAAGAAAACAAGAGGAGGCUAUGUAUGCGCUUGCACACUUCUUUUUCCGCCGAUACAAUGUCGUCUCUGAGGACAACAACCUUCUGAACCAUUUGCUGCGGGCUCCUGUCGAGGACUUGGCAACCAUUAUGCUGCAAAAUAACCGAUUCCCACCGAGCGAUGGCAGCCAUCCCCUAGACCUUACUGAUGAGCGCGCACCAGACGAAAUGGAAAUCAUUGACCUAGACCUAUUAGAAGAGGAUGGGGGCAGACAGCAUCACAGACCAUUCAACUUUCCAACCCUGCCGACUCAAUACUCGCUGCGAGAUUUGGUUCCUUCAAUUGAAUCGAGGUCUCGAAACGUGAAGACAAGCGCUUGGAACUUUCGCAUAUCCAAACACUUCAAACAAAUAAGCUCUACCAGAGAAAGAGCAAGACGUGAAAGGCUGCAGAGAUCACUACUCAUGGAAGACUAUAUAUCGGCUUUGCCUGCUACCUCGGCACAUGAGGCACUUCCGCACCCAACUACCAUGGGAGGGGAGGUAUAUGGAUCGCCUCCCGAGCUGACUGCUCAUUCAACUUCUCAGCAAGUCAGAACGAGAGAAAUUGGGUCUCUGGGAGAGCUCUUUGUUCACACGCUGUUUGAACGGCAUAUCGAGGGCUGGUCCUUUGAAAACUGGACCAGUAAGUUGCGGGUCGAGAAUGGUUACGAGCCAUUCACAUCACCAGAAGGUCAAUUCGCAGACUUCACCUACCUCGAUCACUCAGGUUAUAUGAGAGCAUUCUUCCUGGUGGCGGGUUUAGAGCUGAAUACAGAAUGGUCAAGCAGCACCACUUACCACGUGGAGGUGAAGACUACAACUAGUGAUGGCAAAGAGCCGUUUUUCGUCAGCCAGAACCAAGUUAACAUGAUGAGAAGCUACCACGAUGAUGGAGAUAACGCGUACAUUAUAAUGCGAGUGUCUCAGAUUAAUAACGAAAACCCCGAGCUCAAGUGCUAUCCUAACCCUUGGCUGCUGCAUCUUGAGGGUACACUUCAGUUCACGUCAGCGGAUGGAUAUAAGGUCCGCGAGUCGAGGCUCCCAGGACCAAGUUCUAGUUAG